UCCCUUGGCGUUGGUGCGGGCUCAGAAAACAACUUUACAUGGGCAGAAAAAUACAGAGGACGAAGAGGAAGAGACACGGGGGACGUCUGCAGGAAAGGAUGAGCCACGAAGUCUGGUGAGGACACAAAUAGCCAACUAUAUGAUGACCACGGACGAUGGACAUUGGGACAAUACAGAUGUUCAUGGAUCAAGGCUCCAUCAUAAAGACAUUAAAGUGACCAGUGAAGAAACACCGUCCCCUUCUCACCCCACAGAACCGUACGGUAAUAUAGAGCGUGGGCGCCAAGACGUGAGCACCAAACCCCCUGAAGAAGUGGAUGACCACGGAGGAGUCUACACGAGACAUACGGAAGUAGAUCCGGCAGUGGACUAUGUGCCCCAUUUUUCCCGGACACCCUCAGAUUCUUCCUCAGCAGUAAGAUCAGAACUUGAAAAUGAAGCCUCUUCGGCCCUUGACUCUGGGACAUCCUAUAUCCACCAUUAUAAAUCCACAACGGACCAUUCAGAAUAUCAUGAAAGUACGGAUCGUAAGAAACCGUGGCACGUUACUGCAGAAUCCCAGUCAGAUGACAAGCUUCAGGAAAUAUAUUCUCACUCAAAGGAAUUAUAUCCCUCAAGUGUUCAAGCUGAACCACAGGAAGAGCUGAAGAACGAUCACCAAGAGAGUUCCAAGAGACCCGGUUACCUUGAUGGAUCAGAGUCCUCAAAAUCUGAAGAAUUUCAUUUGAGUAAUUUCGAGGAUCCAACUUACAGAGUCGUUCAGCCAACAGAGUUAAAUGAUAGAAGUGACCACAAAGAUGGAAUCCAGUACUAUAAUACUUAUUCCCAGGAAGGAGAACACGGGGGCGAUGAGUUACAAGAACAUCAUUCACGUAGUCACUUAGAAGAAGCAUUACACGGAUGUACACAGUCUGAGGAACCGGUCCACUCUUAUGUACAAUCAGAAGAGGAAAGUUAUGUAGUGCUAAAGCCAGCAAGUUAUGGGUACGAUGAGCAAGAGAAGGUGGCCUAUACGUAUGAGCAACCGGAGGAGAGAGGUCAUCAACAUAUAGAGUCACAAGAGAAGAACCAUGAGGAUGUAGUGCUGAAACCAGCAAGGUACGGAUAUGAUGAGCAAGUAAAGAUGGCCUAUACGUAUCAGCGACCGGAAGAGUCAGAUCAACCCAAAAUACCACCACAAGAGGAGAACCAUGAGGAUGUAGUGCUAAAGCCAGCAAGGUACGGGUAUGAUGAGCAAGUAAAGAUGGCCUAUACGUAUCAGCGACCGGAAGAGUCAGAUCAACCCAAAAUGACACCUCAAGAGGAGAACCAUGAGGAUGUAGUGCUAAAGCCAGCAAGGUACGGGUAUGAUGAGCAAGUAAAGAUGGCUUAUACAUAUCAGCGACCGGAAGAGUCAGAUCAACCCAAAAUAACACCACAAGAGGAGAGCCAUGGAGAUGUGGUGCUAAAGCCAGCAAGGUACGGGUAUGAUGAGCAAGUAAAGAUGGCCUAUACGUAUCAGCGACCGGAAGAGUCAGAUCAACCCAAAAUAACACCACAAGAGGAGAGCCAUGGAGAUGUGGUGCUAAAGCCAGCAAGGUACGGGUAUGAUGAGCAAGUAAAGAUGGCCUAUACGUAUCAGCGACCGGAAGAGUCAGAUCAACCCAAAAUGACACCUCAAGAGGAGAACCAUGAGGAUGUAGUGCUAAAGCCUGCAAGGUACGGGUACGAUGAGCACGUAAAGAUGGCCUAUACAUAUCAGCGCCCGAAGGAGCCGGGUCACCCCCAUAUACAGUCAGAAGAGGAGAGCCAUGGGGAUGUAGUGCUAAAGCCAGAAAGGUACGGGUAUGAUAAUGAAGGGAAGUUAUCUUAUACAUAUCAAGAACCGGAGGAGCAGGGUCACCCCAAUAUAACACCACAAGAGAAGAACCAUGGGGAUGUGGUGCUAAAACCAACAAAGUACGGGUACGAUGAGCAAGUGAAGUUAUCUUAUACAUAUCAACAACAGGAGGAGACAGAACGAAAGAAAUCAAAGGACACGUGUGAGGAGCCAGAGAAGCUACAUCAAACAUAUGAGCAACCAGAGGAGCAAGGUCAGCUCAACGUCCAGUCUGAGGAGGAAGAAUCUGUAAAGUAUUCAGAUUCAGAAAGGAUGGUUCCCUCCGUACAGUCAGUGGAGUCCUACUACCAAGAAACACAGGAGCCAGAACAAAUAUGUUCCCGGGAAACCCCACCGGGGCGGCCAAAUUACCAAGAAAGUCAAUCGGAAGAGCCAGGUUACCACCAACACCGACCAGAUUACCAACAGAAGCAAUCGGAGGAGCCAUAUUACCAACAGAAGCAAUCAGAGGAGCCAUAUUACCAACAAGGAGCCUCUGAGGAGACAUCUUACCAUCACAAACACUACGAUGAGGUCCACUACAAACAAGCACAACCCGAGGCGCUAGACUUCAGGUAUGAACAACCAGAAAACUUGGAAUACAAAACUAAAAGCUCUGAGGAAUCUCCCAUAGUGAGAGAGCACCCUAUGAGAGAGCACAAGGAUUAUCACACUCCAGAGGAGAACACUGAGAUGUGUGGAGAAAGUGACCAGAAGAUACAACACGAGUACAUGGACCUUCAAGCCGGAGAAACAGACAGAGGACAUAUUACUUCAACAGAGCCGGACAACACUGAGAACAGGCCCGAAAAAUACCUGGAGCCGUAUCAUAGGGAAGAGUCACACCACAAAGAGGAUAACAAAUCUGACACCUACCAUAAGGAACAAGACAUUAGAUAUGCACUACAAGAAGAGCCAAAGACAUUAGAUACCGACCAUAAGGAACAAGACCUUAGAUACACACAACAAGAAGAGCCAAAGACCUUAGAUACCUUCCAUAAGGAAAAAGACCUUAGAUAUGCACUACAAGAAGAGCCAAAGACCUUAGAUACCUUCCAUAUGGAACAAGACAUUAGAUAUGCACUACAAGAAGAGCCAAAGACAUUAGAUACCGACCAUAAGGAACAAGACCUUAGAUACACACAACAAGAAGAGCCAAAGACCUUAGAUACCUUCCAUAAGGAAAAAGACCUUAGAUAUGCACUACAAGAAGAGCCAAAGACCUUAGAUACCUUCCAUAUGGAGCAAGACCUUAGAUACACACAACAAGAAGAGAUAAAGACCAUAGAUACCGACCAUAAGGAGCAAGACCUUAGAUACACACUACAAGAAGAGCCAAAGACCUUAGAUACAUACCAUAAGGAGCAAGACCUUAGAUACACACUACAAGAAGAGCCAAAGACCUUAGAUACAUACCAUAAGGAACAAGACCUUAGAUACACACAACAAAAAGAGCCAAAUACCUUAGAUACACAUUCUGUGGAGCCAACAAGGAAAGAUGUCCAACCAGAGCAGCAAGAGAAGACGGACUCUACAGUACCUGAUGGACAAUCCAGGGAACCCAGCUCAGAGGAGUCACGAGACACUCAGGAAGAGGAUGGACAACAGAUAUAUACUGAAAAACAUAUCAAUGGGCAUUGUGGGCUUGAAGAAUCGGAGAACAGUGAAGAAAGGUCGGAUGGACCAAAACUAUCGGAUGAAAUUAAUGAAAAAAGUCCAGAGGAGACUACGUCAGACCCCGAGGAGACUCCGGAAGAAGUUCACUUUGAUUUUCUUGAGGGCACCAAAGUCUUAGAUACGUCACUCAUGAGGUGCAGAGCGUCACUCGGCAGAAAAAGAAAUCACCGAACACCGGCAACAGGAGCCUGCACCCCGGAGGAAGAGGCUGAUCCUGAUUACUGGAUGUUCCGAGACUCGACAGAGCCAAAAACUCUCCCGGAAAAAGAAUCAGAUUUGGAAAAAGAGGAGACGUCCCCUGAGCCGACACCGGAGAAUUCUCCCACAUCGGCGAAAUCCGCAACUAAGAAAGGCGGAAUAUUUUCUGGAAUAAUCUCUCCGUCUAUACUAAAGGGUCGUCUGAAAUCCCGAAAUAAAGCAUCUGAAGAUGGAGCCUCCAAAGGUGAACCCAAAGAAAGUCAGGAACCCACGUCUCCCGAGAAAGCCGAAUCUUCAAGUCAUUCGCUCAACUGGCUGCAGGCGCUGAAAAAGAAGAAGAAAAAGAAUCCGAAAUGAAGAGCGUCCGUCCCCCGACAGCAGAGGAGCCGCGUCCUGCCAUCUGGAUAUACGCUGCUCUGUGCGCUCUGAUCCAGACUCAUACAUGUUCUUUAAGUCUAUUGACCACAUGGUUUUCCGCCAUUUUGGAUUGCACAAUAUUCUAUAAAUGUAUUCUUCUAAACCAUUUGUUAUAUAUGGCGGCACUUUAAUGGCUCAUCCAGGACCGGCUUUUCCUCUGUACGUGUGGCCGCGCCUGGUACUGCAGUUCAGCUCUGUUCCUGUAUAGACCAGGGGGCGCCGCUCAUCCACAGGAGCCUGGGCCACCAUAUUGCUGCUGUUUUUGGUGAGUAGCUCUGGCGUCCAAGGUCCGACCUGCUCCGCUGGGAUGUCAUCGCCGGAUACUGAUUGGUUGUCAGGGAGGCUGCUGGGACUCAGCUAUUGACCCAGGCCGAACCAAUAGAGAACCGAUCCAUCAAUGUAUAACAUCCGCACUGCAGUCACCUGAUUACUCCCCUAGGGAGGUGAAAAAAAGGUUAAAAAAAUGUAAAAAAUAUUAAUGAUAAAAAAAAUCUCCCCCCCCCCCCCAGUAAACAAAAAAUAAUAGUAAUAUAUAAUAAUAAUAUAUAUCCCUGAGGGCGGCACGCGGCAAAUUAUCCAAACUUUCAGGUUAUCACAUUCCUGAUCGGAAAAGCCACAAGAUUCCAAACGCCAAAAAUGCGGAUUUUUUAUCACAUCACAACCCAGAAAGAAACUGAAUAAAAAAUGAUCAAAAAGUAAAAACUAAACAAACGUGGUACCAGCAUAAAAUAGACAAACGUGGUAUCAGUGAAAAACUAGACAAAUGUGGUACCAGUGAAUACCAAACAUGGUACCAGUGAAAACCAAACGUGGUACCAGUGAAAACUAGACAAAUGUGGUAUCAGUGAAAAACUAGACAAACGUGGUACCGGUAAAAACUAGACAAACGUGGUAUUAGUGAAGAACUAGAAAAACGUGGUAUCAGUGGAAAACUAGACAAACGUGGUACCAGUGAAAACUAGACAACCGUGGUAUCAGUGGAAAACUAGACAAACGUUGUACCAGUGAAAACCAACCGUGAUACCAGUGAAAUCUAGACAAACGUGGUACCAGUGAAAACCAGACAAACGUGGUACCAGUGAAAACCACAUCUGAGAAUUCUCCACAGUUAUAAAUCCCUCUGCUCUAUCACCUAUGGAUACGACGCCACGCUCAAUGAGACACGCUCCCCGGUUACCCCUCCAGGGUGUGGCUGAUGUGGUAUAUACCGUAUAUACAGAGUCAGCGGCGUGUCCGCCCAUACAGCGCCCGUCACACUUUUUUCGCCGUUUUCCCGGUGGUGACGAUUUUAUACAGUAAUUUCUUCAUUAUUUUCUAUUGUACACCCUAAGAAACUAUUUUUAUUGUUAUAAUCUGUGGAGGACGCGGUUUAUGUUCUUACGGUGACACCGAUGUAUCGUAAAAUAAACCUGUAUGA